AUGCAGGAUGAAAGAAGCCCGACUUGCAUUCAUGGCAUUUGCAUUAGCCUCUACUUCAUUUAUUUUGGUAGAAUUUGUGGUAUCAGCAAGACUACGUGCUAUAGCAUUUUAUGUUCUUUCGUCCUCCAUUACCGUCUUUCUAUCAACAGCCUUGAGCGCCUUGUCAGCAAGGCGCGUGGUGUGUUAGACGUAUUCGAGCCACUGAUGGGUCGAAUCGAGAUCAAGGGCUUGAGCGGGCGAAUUGAACGUGUAUACUUCGAGAUAAAACAGCAGCACAUUGACCAGUGGGAAGCGCCACAGAUUAAAGAAUCGAAACGAACUUUCCUGCACGCCGCAGUAGGUGAAACAGAUGAUAAAGAGAAGCUGGAGAUCUUCGUCAACUUUUGUGAGGAUACCAUCUUCGAGAUGCAGCACGCCCAGGAGAUCAGCGGCGACGCAGAAACCCUUUCCAUCACCAGGGUGAGCUAA